AUGACAACCACAAUGGCCAGUGUCGCCCAGGGAACGGCCGAGGUUGUGCUCUUCAAGGAGGUUCUCUUGGGACGCUUGCCAGGAGAAGCUGUCUGCCCUAAGAGGAACCGAAGAGAAGCCAUUGCAUUGCUUACCGUCACCCCGUACCCGCCUGUCCAUGGGCGUGGCGUGUGGGCGGCAGAGGUGGGAGUGAGUGUGGUUGGCGUGUCCAUCUUAUUCUCUCCCCACGUGACAGCCUUCAGGAAGUGCGUGUGGGGGGUGGUCCUGGGGGCGUGUCUGCUGGUGCUCAUAGGUUUCGUGGCGGAACGUGUGGCUUUCUACUUCACCUACCCCGUGAACAUGGAUGUGCAGAUAAUCUAUAAUGAUUCCCUUGUCUCUCCUGCCAUCACUGUUUGUCCUUCUCCCAGAGGGCUCGACGUGGACUUCAACCCACUGGCCGUGAAGGAGGAGUACCUGAACUUCACCCAGGAGACAACUUACCCCGGGAAGAAGAAAGCGAUGAAGUUCCUGAAGAAAAACCUGAACGCCAAGGAACUGUGGGACCGAGUUGCAUGGAAUGUGUCUGCGAUGAUCGACAUUUGUUUUCAGGGACGCGGCAAGUUAUGUGAACAGAACGGUGUGUUUAUCAAAACCUACACGCUGUUCGGCUCCUGCUUCACCUAUAAAGGAGCCCCCGCCACUCUGCCUGGCUCCUACAACGGCCUCUACCUGCGCCUGGGCCACACGACGAGUGAGGAGGAAGAUGAGUUGGAUGAGGAGGCGGAGGAGGAGAAAAAGGAUAAGCGGAUGGCGGCGGAUGACGAGGCAACGACCAAGGGGUGGUGGGCGGUCGUUCACGAGGCGGAGGACGACCCCAGUUUGCUAAUUAAAACACACGGUUACCUGGUGGGCGUUAACUGGGACAAGGAUAUCAGUGUGUCCCUCAAACUGUACGAGACGACCAACACGAGGAGGAGGCGCUGCGAGAACGACCCCUCUUAUCGCCUCACUAGAUGCCACAAUGAGUGUUUCUCCACCGCCUUCGUCAGGGAAAAAAGCUGCAGACUCCCGUUCAUGCCAGUGGAUGCUCCCUACUGCCGCGGCGUGGAGACCAAUGAUAUUCUGAAGAAGAUGCUGCAAGGAGGAAAGUGGCAACAGACGCAAUGUAACUGCCUGCCGCCUUGCAACCAUGCCCUCUAUCACUACCGGGGCGACACGAGUGACAACCGCGGUGACGACAGAGGAAGAAUAAAGAUGUUCUUCCUUGACCUAAUGUACGAGCAAGUCACGGAGAGCCUGACCUACCCACUGGCCUCCCUCGUGGCUGAUUUCGGGGGCAUGACAGGGCUGCUCUUGGGGGCCUCAGUGCUAACCCUGCUGGAGCUGCUGGAGUGCCUUGUGGUGGGGCUCGCCAGGCUCUACCGACGCCGUAGGAAUAAGUCACGCAGCCGCCCCAAGCCAGAGCACCUUUCCUUCCAAUACAACUUGAAAUGUGACUUCAACCUACCCCCGUCAUCCGCUUAUGUUAUUCCCACUGCGAAGUAUUAA